UAUCAGUUGUGUUGUGAUAGCCGCCACUAAAAGAUCGCAACGUUCCAGUAACAGGAUAAAAGUAAACCGAAGGAUAUACACCAUGAUUAGAGCCAGCGGUAUCCUUUCGCUGCUAUUGGUGGCCAGCGCCUUGGGCGACGUGAUCGAUGACUUUGAGUACCUGUCGGUGGGUGAGAUGUGCGACCUGUUGCCGCAGGAGACGAGCUUCCUGCGCCCGAGCACCUGCGACAGCUGGGUGACCUGCGCCGGCAACUACAGCGUCCUGGAGCAGGGCGGCUGUGCGGCAGGACUCACCUACAACAAGGAGCUGGGUCGCUGCGCCCAGGCCUCAGGAGCCGUUUGUCCCUACACUGGCAACAUUGCGGUGCAGCCGAAGAACCUGUGUGCCAACGAGUCGGACGGUGCCUUCGUCGAGGACCCCAGCAGCAGCGAUUGCCGCGGCUACGUCCUGUGCCGGAACCAGAGGCAGAUCAAGGCCAACUGCCCCAACGAGCUGAUCUUCCAUCCCAAGUCGAGGUCCUGCGUCUACCAGAACCAGUACGAGUGUCCCACCAGCCAGACGAAAAAGACGAGUCCAGCCUGCCGGCCGCUGAGCAAUAACACCCGACUGGCCGACCCCGUCCACUGCGAUCAGUACUUGGAGUGUGUGGACGAGGUCCUGCACAGCCGCUCCUGUCCGGUCCAGGAGGCCUACGAUGCGGAUCUGGGCGUGUGCGUGCCCGUGGAGCGGGUGAACUGCUAUGAGACCGCCGCCCUGCCAGAGCCGGAGAACACCUUCUGCCUGGACAAUGUCACCGGAAAAGCACGCACCGGCUACCUCGCCGACGACUUGUCCUGCUCGCAGUACUACAUCUGUGGAAAGCCCAUCGGCGAGAAGCACGACACGGAGCCCAAGCACCUGAGCUGUCCCCAGGGCCAGUACUUCGACUUCGAGAAGCUCUCCUGCCGCGACCGCCUCAACGUCCGCUGCCAACUGGACCGCUGUGUGGGCACCAACCUCACCUACGUUAAUGUGGCCGGCGACUGCCAGAGCUACGGCCGCUGCUCCGGCGGCAUCACCGUCAGCCUGGGCCACUGUCCCGAGGGCUACUUCUUCGACGAGCGCAACCAGGGGUGCUCCCAAACCAACUACCACUACAUCGCCUGCUCCGCAUAGAAUGUCCAGGGCACGCCCCCCUCCCCCUACCAUUUCACACACAGUUUAAACCCGUAAUAAAUCGAUCCUAUUUAAGGUGGAGGUCAAAUGCA